UAGGAUAGGACUGAGAGACUGAACUGAACUGAAUUCAUCUAUUGAUGAUUUUGAUUUCUGAUCCAAUUGCUUAAUCUAAACAUUUAGAUAUUGAAACUAUUGUUAUCUAGUCUUUACACUCUAUAGUCAGGUCAUCUUGCUCAAUUAGAUUUUCAGAGAUGAUAAUAUGAAUCAGAUUUUUCUAGUCCUUUUUUAAAACUCCUAAACCACAAAUCUUUUAAUUAAUUUUAGUUAAUGACAAACUGAAAUUUCUGAGGUAUAAAAAACAUGUAAGUAAAAUUUAUAUUUUUCUAUGUUUAUGUAUGUUUACAAACGGUCAAUAUUACAAUAAAAUAUUUGAAAUGAAAAUAUAGUAAAAUAUCUGCACUCAUAUUUUUCAUGAGAACGCAGUUUUAAAAUAGAGUCUAUUGAAUGAGGCAGCCACCUGGUGACAGAAAACAGAACUUACAGACACUAUUUUGCAUGAACUGAACAUCAUAAGUAUUCUACACAAAUAACCUCAAAAAACAUAAUAGCGCUGUCCAACAGAAACAUAAUAGAAAUCACAUAGGUAAUUUAAAUUUUCUAAUUGUUGCUUUUAAAAUGUAAAAGAACCCCAGUAGUUUAAUACAAUAUUUUCAUGUAAACCAAUAUAUGAAAACUAUUUAUCAUUUCAACAUGUGAUCAAUACAUAUAUUUUUCAUGCUAGGUUUUCAAAACACAUUGUGUGUUUCAUAGCACAUCUCAGUUCGGACAAGCUACCUUUCACGCGGCUGUAGCUGAAUGGCUAACAUGUGGAACAGCGCUUAUCUAGAGAAUGAAAUGAGAUCAGCAGUUACUUUGAUUGCCUAAGUUCAUUUCUCAGCCCUCUGCCCACUCUUAAAAGUUCCCCCCAUUUCCUCUUUAAAUUUUACUUUAUUUUGUAAAAGUUUGGCCACCAGUAUACUUUGGAGUGCUUAAACGACCCUCAAAAGCCUGUCGGCGAACGACAAGAAGACCGUUGGAGGGUCCAGGUCUUCUCUGGAGGUCACUAGGGCGUUAGGUUGGCCUGCGCUGUCCUUCGAUUCGGCUUGCUCUGCGCUCAGCGGCUUCCGGCUGCGGUCAGGUACAUUCCUGGAGAGCGGCGGUCGCCGGCGUUUGGACCGAGGGGCGCGUGGGGAUAUCAGGGCCCGAUACGGGUGUCUGGCCGCCUUGUGACAUCACAGCAUCAUGCUUUGGGGUUCAAGUUCAGCGAGGCUCCGGGCUUCCAGACCCCGAAGAUCAAAGAUUUUCAGUGGGAAACAGCCGGGACUGGAAGAGGCAACGACUAGGUACCCGCUGUAAGUCGUUACUUCCCAUGCGGGCCUGUGAUCUGGCGAAGGCGGGUGAAAAGACACAUGCAGAGUCCAAAAGACCCGCGGAGACGGGCGCUCCUCCCCACCAUUUCCCAGGAGCACCAGCGGGGUCUUCCGGAUGGACCCCUACCUCUGCUGAUUGGUUGUAGCUUGCCGCCACGUGAUCCAGAAACGGGUCAGCCACCGCUUUCCCCGCCCCUCUCACCCCCUCCCCACCCGGAGGUCGCGGGAGGCGGAGAGCAGGUUUCCUAGGUAACCGCAGCGGGCAGUUGUGUACACACCAGGCCCCAGGAAAGGGAGGGUGUCCAGCCUGCUGCUGCAAGACCAGGAUUAAGAGGCGGGAGUGGACUCUACUCUGUCUCCAAUUGCCCCGGAAUCCAUCCUGUCUCUGGGAUAAGAUAUAUUGUUAUAACCUUUAUUUUUAAUGGAAGAUGAUUGAACGUGAAAACGUAAACCAACACGACAUAAUUAAAGAACUGUGUUUAUGCAAUGGUUUGUCUUAUGAGAUGAUUGGACAAGAAGGAUCAGAUACUUCAAAACUGGAAAUGUUUUUCUCAGGGUAUCCUCGUAUAGUUGGAUUGUCAUUAUUUCCUAAUUUAACAAGUCUCACAAUUGUUGCUCAAGAUAUAAAAGAAAUUUCAGGACUAGAAACUUGUUUACAGCUUAAAGAACUUUGGAUUGCUGAAUGCUGCAUAGAGAAAAUUGGAGGUCUUCAAGAAUGCAGAAGUUUAGAAAAGCUAUACUUAUAUUAUAAUAAAAUUUCUAAAAUAGAAAAUUUAGAGAAAUUAUCCAGAUUGGAGGUUCUUUGGCUGAACCACAAUGCAAUUAAAUAUAUUGAGGGCUUGCAAACUUUGAAGAAUUUAAGUGAUCUCAACCUUGCUGGAAAUCUAAUAAGCAGCAUUGGUCGAUGUCUUGAUCCCAAUGAACAACUAGAAAGAUUAAACCUUUCUGGUAACCAAAUAUGUUCUUUCAAGGACCUUACUAACUUAACCAGGCUACGUCACUUAAAGGAUUUAUGUCUGAAUGAUCCUCAGUAUAAAACCAAUCCAGUUUGUGUGCUGUGUAAUUACUCCACACAUGUGUUAUAUCAUUUGCCUUGCCUUCAAAGACUCGAUACAUUUGAUGUGUCACCAAAGCAGAUCAAGGAACUGGCAGAUACCACAGCAAUGAAAAAAAUAAUGUAUUACAAUAUGCGUAUAAAAACUGUUCAGAGGCAUCUUAAUGAAGAUCUUGAAAAACUGAAUGAUCGAAAAUGUAAAUUACAGAAGUUGCCAGAAGAACGAAUAAAAUUAUUCAACUUUUUGAAAAAAAAUUUGGAACGGGAACUGACUGAACUCAAAGGAUCUGGGAAAGGACACAAUGAUAGAUCCAAUAACAAUAAAGUAACUGAGCUUGAAAAAUCAAAAAUCUGUGAAACUGUCACAGAAGAACCAAGUCUUCAACAGAAGAUAGUGAUCAAACUAAAUGCCUUGAAUGAAAGGGUAACAUUCUGGAACAAAAAACUAGAUGAAAUUGAAGCGAUUUAUCGUAUUGAAGUAAAGCGAAAGAAGAAAAGUCAUAGUUUCUUAAUUCCAUUUUUGUUAAUUGAAUUGGAGACAGUGGGAAAUAUCCACUUUGAAGAAGGCACUCGAUCUGAUGACUGGUUUAAUUCCUGCUAUGAAUUAAUUCUAUCACGUUUUUGUACGUGGGACUUCAGAACAUAUGGUAUUACAGGAGUGAAAGUAAAACGUGUCAUCAAGGUUAAUAACCGUAUUCUGAGACUAAAAUUUGAAGAGAAAUUCCAAAAGUUUUUGGACAAUGAACAUAUGCAUGAUUCAGAGAGCUAUCAAAAGAUGCUGGAAUGCCUUUUUUAUGUUUUUGAUCCUGAAAUUACAGUGAAGAAAAAGCAUCUGCUGCAAAUACUUGAAAAAGGAUUCAAAGACAGUGAAACAAGCAAGCUGCCUCUCAGAAAAGAAGCUGUCAUUCUUGCUAAUAGCCUAAGUAUAUGUGAGUGUCCCAGAAUUGAAAUACUACAGCAAAAGUACAAGGAUGAGAAGAAAAACUCUGUUGAGCAUGAACUCUUCAGACAUGGUAUCCUCCUGAUUACAAAGGUUUUCCUUGGCCAGAGUGUUCAGGCUCAUGAUCACGACUCCAUCAGUCAAGCCAACUACCCAAUGAUUAAUUCAGUGUUCAUUCCUCGAAAAUAUUUACUAAAUCCUAUCAUGGGACAAAGAAACUGUGAUUGCAGUGUUCGGCAGUGCAAGUGGUUUGUCUUUGAUCAUGACCUUGUUUUGCCUGAAUACAUCGUGGAAUUUGAGUAUAUUACAGUGGUCAAGGCUCACUCUUUAUUUUCUUCAUUCAACAAUGUUAUUCUAGAAGAAAGCAAAAAAAAUUCAGAAGGAUCAGUAUUGUCCCGGGAUUUGAAAUUUGAUGAUGAAGUUAUAAAAAUGGAUCCCAGGAUCAAGCCCAGACCAAAACUUAUUAGUUUGGAUGAUAAAACAAUACUUUCCCUUGCCAAGACUAGUGUUUAUGGUCAUAUUGUGAGUCUGAAUCUACAUGGAAACAGCUUGAGUAAAUUGAGAGAUCUCUCCAAGUUAACAGGACUUCGAAAACUUAAUAUCAGCUUUAAUGAAUUUACUUGUUUAGAUGAUGUAUACCACCUGUAUAACCUUGAAUAUUUGGAUGCAAGUCAUAACCAUGUGAUAACCCUUGAAGGAUUUAGAGGUCUGAUGAAACUUAAGCACUUAGACUUGAGCUGGAAUCAAUUGAAAAAAUCUGGCGAUGAAAUAAAUAUGUUAUGCAAACAUACCACAAGCCUUCUCACUCUUGAUAUUCGACAUAAUCCAUGGCAAAAGCCAGCCACAUUAAGGCUGAGUGUUAUUGGCAGAUUAAAGACUCUUACUCAUUUAGAUGGAGUCCUCAUUUCUGAAGAAGAAGCAACAGCAGCUAUGAAAUUUAUUUCUGGAACAAAGAUUACUCAGUUCUCUCUCUUACGGCAUUCUAGUACUAAAGAAGAGAGACCACGGAUUCUCAGCAUAUGGCCUUCUGCCAAAAUUCUGACACAGACUUCAAAGUUAGGACCACAUUCACAUAUGAGUGGAAAUUGGUACUUGAAGAUAACUGCCUUAAAUUUAGAUGGGCAACAUCUUUUUGAAAUCACAAAUUUAGAAAAAUUGGAAAAUUUGAAAUGGGCUUCAUUCAGCAACAAUAAUCUCACUAAAAUGGAAGGCUUGGAAUCGUGUGUUAACUUGGAAGAGCUCACAUUAGAUGGAAACUGCAUCUCAAAGAUAGAAGGCAUUUCCAAGCUGACUAAAUUAACCCGCCUCAGCAUAAAUAAUAAUCUCCUCACUGGUUUGGAAAAGCAUACUUUUGAUAACAUGCCUCAUCUGCAUUCCCUUUCUCUUGAGAACAACAGAAUCACUUCACUGAGUGGUUUACAAAAAGCUUUUACACUAAUUGAAUUAUACGUAAGCAAUAACUAUAUUGCUCUCAAUCAGGAGAUCUACAAUUUAAAGGGUUUAUGCAACCUGGUUAUUCUAGACAUGUAUGGAAACAUUAUUGUAUGGAAUCAAGAAAACUACCGGUUGUUUGUAAUAUUUCAUCUUCCAGAACUGAAAGCUUUGGAUGGAAUCUCAAUUGAACCACCAGAGACUGAGUGUGCAAAAGAUUUGUUUGGUGGCAGACUUACUUCUGACAUGAUUGCUGAACGACAAGGACACCCAAAUUUCACCCAAAUGCAAGAACUAAAUUGGACUUCAUCAUCCAUCAGAACUGUGGAUUUGAUUCCAGUUGACCAGUUUAGAAAUGUGUGUAAUGUGAAUCUACAGAACAAUAAUCUCACCUCAUUCAGUGGAUUAAUCUAUCUGCCUAAUGUGAAGGUGUUAUGCCUAAACUAUAACCAUAUUGAAUCAAUCAUACCCCGACUAAAACCUCAGACUCACUUGACCAGUAGACAACUGCUGUACCAGAAAGUGCCUUCAAGUGGCUAUGGGCAGCAAGGAACUUCAAAAAUAAACAGAGAUACAACAAGCAGUGAAAAUUUGCCUCCAAUAAUGAACAGUUUAGAAGUUCUUCAUUUGGGCUACAAUGGAAUUUGUAAUUUGAUUCAACUACAACUUAACAGACUAAGAAAUUUAAAGUUCCUCUUUCUUCAGGGAAAUGAAAUUAGUCAAAUUGAAGGGCUUGACAACUUAGAAGUCCUUCAAGAAUUGGUAGUGGACCAUAACCGCAUCAGAGCAUUUAAUGAUAGUGCCUUUGCCAAACCAAGCUCUCUGUUGGCACUUCACCUGGAGGAAAACAGACUACGAGAGCUGAGCAAAUUACAACCUUUGGUAAAACUAGAGAAACUCUUCCUAGGAUAUAAUAAAAUCCAGGAUAUGGCAGAACUGGAAAAACUUGAUGGUAUAUCUUCCCUCAGAGAACUUACAGUUUAUGGCAAUCCGAUUUGUAGAAAAAUGCUACAUCGCCACGUGCUUAUAUUUCGACUGCCUAACUUACAGAUGUUAGACGGAAUUCCUGUGAAUUCAGAUGACAGGGCAAAAGCUGAAUUUCACUUCUCUGAACUACAAGCAAAGAAAAAUUCGUUUAUUCCUGUUACCAGCUCUCCUGUGGAUGGUACAUCGUUUAGCCAAGUGAAAGCUCCUCCCAUAAAGAUAACAAAUGUAAUUCUGCCUGGUGGAUUUAGCCAUUACUUGGGAUCUGACUUCACUUUAACUCCUGAAGUUGAAGACAAAAAAUCCAAGAACGCAGGGAUUCUAACAAAUAAUCCUCGGAGCAUCCAUGCAGAAAUAGCUUUUCGGCAACUCAGGGGGAUAAAUCUCUCUCCAUCUCUUUUAUCGCACCAGAAUAUGGCAUCUCCAAGUGCACAGAUGUACCACAGCAACCAGGACGAGGGAAGAAUUCCUGGCAGCCACUUUCCAAGAUCAAAUCGAAUGUAACUGCCUAAGGAGAACUGAAUAUACACCAAGAAACCAAUUUCCGCUUAGAAGUUGUGCAAAAACUAGCAGACAGUGUUGGUGAUAAAAAAUAUAUAUAAGAUAAUCAUGUUACUUAUGUUACUGAAGCACUUCAGUUCCAUAUGAAGAUAAUCUCUAUCAUCCUUGGUGAAUUUUAUUUAAUAUCACCUCUCUUAAACCUUCUUUACAGUUACCUUAUUCAUUUGAUUUUCUAUGUUAGAAAAAUCAUGAAAUAUACAACAAUUUGAAAAGAUACAAGUGACAGAAAAUCAAGUCCAAAGAAUCAAAUAUUUAGUCAUGUUACUGGAAGCGUUUAGUUGUAAAAUCUCAUUUUGACUUGAUAUAUAAAGACACUAAGCAAAGGUAAUUUUAGGAAAUAAGUAUGUUUUCAUUUGUAGACUAUCUAUCCAUUUAGGCUUAUCUAAAACUAAAGCACACAUUUCUUACCAAACACAACUAUUCUUAAAUCAGGUUGAGUUUUGUUAGUUGAACUACAGAUUAGUUUUUUUAGGACUAUACUUUUUUAAAAAAAAUAGCAUUAAACAGGGUUUGUCCUAACAAUUAUUUAGAGAUGUAAAUCAUAGGCAUCAAUAAUACUUCCUAAAGGUGGCUAACUAUGAGUGCAACUCAUGCUACAAGAAUAAAAGAAUACUAUUUCAUAUACAAAAUUCAUUAAAUGUGCCCAUAGUGAUAUAAUUUUACAAAUAAGUUGUAGGCUAAGUAAACAGAUGUUCAAAAUGAGUGGACACAUUUAAAAUACGGACUCAUAUUUCAUCGGAAAUAAUUUUUCUAAAAUAAUUAUAUUGCAUACUACUAGGACAAAUCUCAAUCAAAUGUGGUUUUGAAUUUAUUAAACACAUUUAUUAUUUUUAAUGAUUAAAUUGCCAAUCAUAUUUUUAUAUCAAAAGGUUCCAUGAUUCAUGAAGUAUUCUGUUUAAAUUUUUCAGGAAGCGGUUCAACAUUGCAUGUAAUUUUCAGAUUAUUUAAAGUGUUCCUUUCAUGAAAAUAAAUUAUUUUUACUAAAAUAUUUGUAUUUUAUAAUCUAUCUGGAAAUAGUUGUAAGGAUAUUUUAGAAAUUCCAAUGUGCAUGCAAUAAUUUUGUGUCUUCUUAAAUACUGUAUGUUUGUAACUUAAUCAUGUAAUAUUUAAAAUUUCAAACAAUACAGAUUGAUUUUACCCUUCUUAAUGCGUGGUGUUUAAACUAUUACUCUAAGGUACAAAUAAGAUCCUUUGUUUAAAAAGGAA